UUUCAAUCGUGUCUUCUCAAAAAUUCCCAAGCCCCAACCAAUCGCAGCAGAAUAGAGUGCCCCUCCAGGUAGGGAGGGAUUCGAUCAUUCGAUGCUUGUGGCGUCCGCCCGGAGAACAAGUCCGAGAGGAAUCGGCUACUGAAGACGAGACAGAUGGGGGAGCUGGCCACCUCGCCCACGGCCGUGCUGCCGGUGGUCUUCGUCGACGGCGACCAGAGCGUGGACCUGGGCACGGUCACCGUGCAGCCCUCUCUCGGCGUCCGCAAGCUGCAGACAGUCGUCGCCGACCGCGUCGGCGUCGCACCGCACCAGAUCUCGGCCUCGCUCGCGCGGCCGAGGCGCGCGCGCCGCGUGCCCCUCGAGGAGGGCACCGAUCUCGCCGACGCCGUCGCGCGCGAGGGCUCCGGGUGCUACGUCCUCGCGGCCCUCCGCCGAUCCCGCCGCGAGCGCCGGGGCGGCCGCUCCCGACGCGAUAAGAAGGCCGCGGCCUCCGCGCCGCCGCCGGAGAAGACCAUCCUGAAGCGCCUCCCGCCCACGGAUCUGGCCUCCCUGGCCGCGUCCCCCGCGCCGGUCAUGUUCGGCGCCUGGGACUACGAGGCGCAGCUGCGGGAGCUGCACCGCCAGCGCGACUGGUACCUCAUGAGCACCGCGGCGCCGGAUCCGUACUUCCCGCUCGCGCCGGAGCUGGAGGACCCGCCGCUCUGGUCCCCGCGUCCCUCGACAUCCCCCUGCCCCGAGUGCGAGGCGGCGGCCGCGUCCAUGCGCGAGCCGGCCUUCCACUGGUGUGUGCGCGACGCGGUGACCGUCGGCUUCCGCUCGCACGUCGGCCCGAUCGAGCGCCCGGCCAAGAAGUCUCCCUCUCCGCCGCCGGCGCUCCGCGGCACGCCCGUCUAUUAGCAGCUGAUUAUUACAAAUUGUAAAGAAAGAGGAGACGAAACUUGAAUUGGGGAUAAGGAUCGUCGAGGUUGCGUGUGGGGUUUGUGCAGUGCAACGAAGAUGGAGAGAGGUUUUUAGUAGCUUGCAGCGUCCUCCCGUAGAGGAACUCAAGAGACUCAUGUCAGAUCAGAUGCGGCCAGUGCAGUGCGAACGAGUCCAGAGGAAGCCGGACACGUCUGCGAUCCGAGGCCUAGCUGUUCGGCUCGGCCUCCAAACAAACAUGGCUGGCCAGUCCUUCCUUCUUUGUUUCUCUUUUGGAGAGAGAGAGAGUGAGAGAUGACUAUUGAUUGUUUCUGGUAUAUCAAAGUGGUAUAUGCAGAAGAUUUUACUAGUA